AUGCCUUGCUCGCCUCGUCUCCUGAUGAGCUUGUUAGUUCCCUGGUCAUAUCCCGAAGAGCUCGCGUUCUCAUCGUUUAGAGGCGUACUAACUGGUGGUGGCUGCAUCCAACCUUGGUCCAUCCAUCAUAUACCGACGAUCUCGCCUCCUUCGCUCGCUUUCGAAUCAAGGAUGAACAGCACGCUCCACACGAUGCCUUUCCUCAACGCAGACGACCACAUCCUCCAUCAAGAUAGCCUGGCUCUCGAGGGAUCGACGACGUACUGGACUGACAUGGAGACCCACCAACACCACCAGGCUCUCCUGGACCCAUCGUAUCUCGACCCGGAGACCGUCAUGCACGCCAGCGAAGCCCUCAUGCGUCUCUCCGAGCAAGACCUGAAUAUCGAGCCGACGCUUCGCUCGCUUCAUGUCGACGACACUGCCACUGCCAACUAUGCUGCAAGCAACAACGACUUCAAUCCCCCGGAAAUAGACUACGCAACGCACGCAGGACCGGGUCAUGUGGAUGCGAACGACGUCCAGCAGCACCAGCUUCCUCCGAGAGAGCCUUGGGACGCCGCGAAGAUUCGGCUGUGGAGGGAGCAGUUCGGUCUUGCGAAUGUGCACGCGGGUCGAUGGUCGGGGACUGGAGCUGGGACUGCGGAGGGUUCUGGUCAUCGAAGUACGGGGUCAAGGGCGAGGAAGACGAGUACGGUUUCGAAGGCGGGCUCGGCGUCGACGGGGGGAGUUGCGAGACGGGCGUUGAGUAAGGUCGCUUAG